GCUCGCUCGCGGUGGAGCAGGAGCCGCCGCCAUUUUGGUUUCGCUGCCUCGGCUCGGAGCAGGGCCGAAAGCGGCGGCCGGUCGGUCCGGGUCCCGCCCUGGCUCCGUCCGCGCGGGCGGCCGGGAAGAUGCGGCGCGGAGGAGCCCGUCCUCGGCCCCGGCCGUGUUGUCGCUGACACGAGUAAAAGAUGGUGGCUGCCAGUAGUAGAGCAGAUCUUCUUUGGAACAUAUCUCUGUAAAUCUUCCCUAAAAUUACCUGAAGGCAUAUAUUCCGCCUGUGAUGGACCCUCGGAAUACUGCUAUGUUAGGCUUGGGUUCUGAUUCUGAAGGGUUUUCUGGGAAAAGCCCCUCUGUAGUAAACAUUGGCUCAUUGGUGGGAAAAGGAGAAGUAGAGCUAGAAAGUUGCACCAAGGAAGAAGACGACAGUAAGAAGAAGAAUCGGGAGGGUAACAGUACCGAGAAUGGGAAGAAUGAGGCUCUGACUGAUGCACAGCAACAGUUUUCGGUGAAAGAAACAAACUUUUCGGAGGGAAACUUGAAACUGAAGAUUGGUCUUCAAGCAAAGCGAACGAAAAAACCUCCCAAGAACCUUGAGAAUUAUGUGUGCCGGCCUGCUAUAAAAACCAGCAUCAAGCAACCAAGAAGGGCACUGAAGGGUGGGAAGAUGACAGAUGAGAAAAACGAGCACUGUCCUUCAAAACAAGACCCUUCAAAGUCAUACAAGAAAGCUGGAGAAGUUGCAACAGUUGAAUUACAUGUGGAAGAAGGUAUACAAGUAGAAACAAAUCCUUUAUCUAAGAAACUUUCCCCAUUGCACUCUGAAAUGACAGAUUAUAUAAAGUCAUCUCCUCCAAAUCUUAUCAGUAGCUAUAAUUCUGAAUUAAAGGAUAGAACACAGAUUAAUGGAGCAACAACUGUAACAGAAAAAUUGGCUCAACUUAUUGCAACUUGCCCUCCUUCAAAGUCUUCCAAAACAAAGCAGAAGAAGCCUGGAAAUGGAACUGCAUCUGGUUUGGUUAAAGACUCUGGGAAGAAGCUACCAGGAACCAUAACUGCAAGUGGGUUAGUUAAUAAAGAUCUGGUAAAGAAAUUGCCAGGAUCUGGUAUUGCUGUUGGAUUGGUUAACAAGGACUCAGGGAAGAAGCCAUUAGGGAUUGGUAGUGCAGCCAUAUUGGUUAACAAAGACUCUGGGAAGAAGCCACAAGGGAUUGGCCCAUUAAUUGGAUUGGUUAACAAGGACUCUGGAAAGAGGCCACCAGGGAUCAGCACUCCAACUGGGUUAGUUAACAAGGACUCUGGAAAGAAACAGCCAGUGACCAGCUCUGCAGUUGGAUUAAUCAGCAAAGAUGUUGGGAGGAAACUUCCUGGUAUUGGCACUCCAACUGGAUUGACUAAUAAGGAAUCUGUCAAGAAGCCAGUGGGGAUUGGCACCCCAGCAGGAUUGGGUAACAAGGAUGCUGGGAAGAAGUUGUUGGGAAUAAAUAGUCCUACAGGAUUGGUUAACAAGGAUUCUGGGAGAAGGAUGCCAGGGACUGGCAAUACGACAGUUCUGACUAACAAAGAUUCUGGAAGGAAGACACCAGGGAUUGGCAGCCCAAUGGGACCAGUUAACAAGGACUCUGGGAGGAAGAUGCCAGGAAUUAGCAGUCCAGUGGGAUUGGUUAGCAAGGAUUCUGGAAAGAAGCCAACAGGAAUGAGCAGUCCAGUUGGUUUGGUUAACAAGGACUCUGGAACUCUGAAAGCAGACACUCUUAUGCCUGCCUCGGAGCCCUUUAAACUUCCUUGCAAUUCAAACCUCAGUAGCCUUGAAAGCCAUGAGACUACAGAUUUAGUGAAGGAAAAUACUAAUAGCAAAACAUUUGAGAAGCAUAUUAUGAGACAGAAUAAAGAAAGUACCUUGGAAAAAUUUUCAAUUCGGAAAGAAAUUGCUGAUGUAGGCAAAGAGAUGUUUAAUGAAGGAAUCUGCGUUCCACAGGAUGCUUACUCAACAAGUGAAAAAGGGAUUUAUGAAACAUCUAAGCAUGAAAAACAGCCUCCGGUAUAUUGCACUUCACCAGACUUCAGAACAGGAGGUGCUUCAGACGUAUCGACAGCAAAGUCCCCAUUUAGUGCAGUAGGAGAGGGAAAUCUCCCAUCGCCUUCACCCACAGUGUCUGUUACCACCUUAAACAGGAGCCUCUCAACAACAUCUUCACAGUUAGCAUCUAACUCAUUGCAUUUAAGUUCCACAGCAGAUCUCUUAGAAGGUAUUUCAGAUCAGAUUGGCAAAACUCAGUUUUCUUCUGACAGUACACUUCUGAAUAUAAACAGAACAUUGAACCAGACUCUGAGCACUGAUUUUAAAGGCGCUGAUAAAGAUUUAAAUGAUUCAAAAGCUACUUACGUAGAAACUUCAAGAACUAGUCCUACAGGGAAAAAGCCCAUUUUGGCAGCUGAAACAAGCAUUCAUGCUACUGUUACCCCUUCAGUAGUUAGUUUUACAAGCUUGUUUAGUAGCAAGCAGUUCCUAAAGAUUGGCACAAUAGCUGCAUCAGAUAAAUCCUGCCAAGGAGCAAAAAAUCUGAGCACUACUCAGCAAUCAAAACCUUUAAAGAAAAGAAAAGGAAGGAAACCACGAUGGACUAAAGUGGUGUCAAGAAACACGUGUCGACCUCCAAAGGGUCUAGAACUAGAAAGGUCAGAGCUUUUUAAAAACAUUUCAUACAGUGCACUAUCAAGCAGUAAUUUGGAGCAGGCCAAAUUCUUGAAAAACAUAGGAUCGUCUUCAUUUGUGGAGCAUGAAUUUGUCAAACAUCAGUUGCCAAAACUGAAUGAAGCUAAUGAACAGUCUCUUGCGCUGCUAGCUGAGACUGACAAGCAAGCUCAAAAGUUCUACAGUACUCACAAACAACCCUCUAGUUUGUGUAUGUCAGAUGAUUUCUUACCUGACAUGUAUAAACCCAAAAGAGGAAGACCUAAAUCCAAGGACAUGCCAGAGCUCGAAGGUCCCCCCAAAAGAACUCUAAAGAUCCCAGCAUCAAAAGUGUUUUCAGUGCAGUCAAAAGAAGAGCAAGAACCUCCAAUUUUGCAGCCUGAGGUAGAAAUUCCUUCCCUAAAACAGAGCUUAUCAGGACAACCUUUUCCUAAAAAGAGAGGGAGACCUAAAAGACAGAUCAGGUCAGCAAUUAAAAUGAAGCCACCUAUUCUUUCUGUGGCACCUUUUGUUGGAACAGAUAACUCGAGCAAGGUAGGGUCUGAAAGCAAUCAACAUCAAAGUGGGGAUUUUUUUGAGAGAAAGGACCAGCUCCGAGGUCCAGAAGAAGUCCAAAAACCUAAUAUUUGUAGCAUGACUGAUUUGGAAGUAGACUCUGACAGAAAAGUUGCCAAGAGAAAUAAUGGACAGUUAAUGAAAACAAUUAUUCGAAAAAUAAAUAAAAUGAAAACUCUGAAGCGAAAGAAACUUUUGAAUCAGAUUCUGUCAAGUACAGUAGAACCAAAUAACAAAGGGAAAGUGCAAUCUAAACUCCACAAUACAGUGUCAACUCUUGCUGCCACAUUUGGUUCAAAAUUAGGCCAGCAAAUAAAUGUCAGCAAGAAAGGAACAAUUUAUAUAGGAAAAAGGAGAGGAAGGAAACCUAAAGCUGUCCUGAAUGGUAUUUUAACUAGCAGUUCUGCCAGUUUGACAGUUCUUGAGAAGUCUGCUCAACAAGCCCCUGGUACGUCACUAGGACAAGUACUUCCCCAUUUGCUGCCUUCAACAGCUAAUAAUUCAGAGAUUCUUCCAUCUCCAGUUUGCUCCCAGUCUUCUGCAGUGAGUGGGGGACAGAGCCCUGUCAGCAGUGAUGCAGGAUUUAUUGAGCCCAGCUCAGUUCCCUAUUUACACAUACACUCCAGACAAGGAAGUGUUGUUCAGACACUUGCGAUGAAAAAAGCUGCUAAGGGAAGGAGGAGAUUAUCUCCACCUACGUUGUUGCCAAACUCUCCUUCUCACUUGAGUGAGCUGACAUCGCUGAAAGAAGCCACUCCUUCCCCAGUAAGUGAGUCUCACAGUGAUGAAACAAUUCCCAGUGACAGUGGAAUAGGAACAGAUAAUAACAGUACUUCAGAUCGAGCGGAGAAGUUUUGUGGGCAAAAGAAGAAAAGGCAUUCAUUUGAUCAUGUUUCCCUUAUUCCACCUGAAACUUCCACCGUUUUAAGUAAUCUAAAAGAAAAGCAUAAACACAAAUGUAAGCGCCGCAGUCACGAUUACCUUAGUUACGACAAAAUGAAGAGACAGAAGCGAAAAAGGAAAAAGAAGUAUCCUCAACUUCGAGGUAGGCAGGACCCAGAUUUCCUCGCCGAAUUAGAAGAAUUAAUAAGUCGAUUAAGUGAAAUUAGAAUAACACACAGAAGUCACCAUUUUAUACCCCGAGAUUUACUGCCUACCAUUUUUAGGAUAAAUUUCAAUAGUUUCUAUACCCAUCCUACUUUUCCUUUAGAUCCUUUGCACUACAUUAGAAAACCCGAUUUAAAGAAAAAGAGAGGCAGGCCUCCAAAAAUGCGGGAGGCUAUGGCAGAAAUGCCUUUUAUGCAUAGUCUCAGCUUUCCUCUCUCCAGUACCGGGUUCUAUCCCUCUUACGGCAUGCCUUAUUCUCCUUCUCCCCUUGCAGCUGCUCCCAUAGGCUUAGGUUAUUAUGGAAGGUACCCUCCAACUCUUUAUCCUCCUCCACCUUCUCCUUCUUUUACUACCCCCCUGCCACCACCUUCCUACAUGCAUACAGGCCACUUGCUUCUCAAUCCCACCAAAUAUCACAAGAAGAAGCAUAAACUUUUACGCCAGGAGGCUUUCCUCACGACAAGUAGGACUCCGCUCUUGUCAAUGAGCACGUACCCCAGUGUUCCACCUGAAAUGGCUUAUGGCUGGAUGCUUGAACAUAAGCAUAGACAUCGCCAUAAACACAGAGAACAUCGUUCUUCUGAACAACCGCAGGUUUCCAUGGACGCUAUAACGGCUAAUAGCUCUUCUAGAACAGUUCUGGAGUCCUUGAAGCGCUACAGAUUUGGAAAGGAGGCUGUUGGUGAGAGGUACAAACAUAAAGAGAAACACAGAUGUCACAUGUCUUGUCCACACCUGUCACCUUCAAAGGGUUUGCUAAGCAGAGAUGAACAGUGGGUCAGGAGAGAGCCUUCAGAGUCUAAUUCGAUAGCACUGGGAUUGCAGACACCGCUACAGAUAGACUGUUCAGAAAAUUCCCCGGGUCUGUCCCUGGGGGGAUUUACUCCAAGCUCUGAGCCAGCCAGCAACGAUGAACACACAAAUCUUUUCACAAGUGCAAUAGGCAGCUGCAGAGUCACAAACUCUACCAGCACCAGUGGACGUAAAAAAUUAACUGACAGCCCUGGACUCUUCAGUGCACAAGACACCUCGCUAAAUCGACCUCUCAGAAAGGAGCCGUUGCCUUCUAUUGAAAAGGCACUACAGCCGCUGUCAGGCACUUUGCCAACACAGGACAAACCUUCCCAGAGGCAGCCAGAGAGCACAAAUUGCAGCCCUUCCAGAAAGAGAUCAACAUCUGAGAGCACAUCUUCUACAGUGAUUGGAGUACCUAGCCGGGGAGCAAGGCUGGCAACUGCUGUUGAUGAUUCAGUGGACAGCUUACUGCAGCGCAUGGCACAACAUGAAGGCCAGGCUACUUUGGACAAAACCUUAGAAGCAGUCAUUGCAAGUGUGUCUGUUCCAUCAUCAGCUAGUCCUGCUCGAAACCACAGUAGGGAGAGAGGCCUGGGGAAACAGGACAGCCUCGUAGCUCCAGCAAUUCCCAGCAGCUCCUGCAGCGAUAAUAUCUCACUUCUGUCAGAGAGACUACCAAACAGCUAUUCCCCACAUCAUUUCAAGAGAAGUGUGGUUGAAGCCAUGCAGCGGCAAGCUAGGAAAAUGUGCAAUUAUAACAAGAUCUUGGCAACAAAAAAAAAUCUUGACCACGUCAAUAAAAUUUUGAAAGCCAAAAAGCUGCAAAGGCAGUCACGGACAGGGAAUAAUUUUGUGAAACGCAGGCCAGGUAGGCCCCGGAAAUACCCCAUGCAGGCUGUCGUUUCAAUGCAAGCUUUCCAGGCAGCUCGACUGGUCAGUCAGGAGUUAGAUAAAAGAGAAGAAAGCAGUGGUCCCUUACACCUUGGACCUGAUACCAUCACAGAUGUGAUUGAAGCUGUAGUGCAAAGUGUGAACUUGAACACAGAUCACCGAAAAGGCUGGAAGAGAAAGAGGUGGCUUGCAGAGGAACAGGCCAGGAAGCGACAAAAGUCUUUACCAGAAGAUGAACAGGAGAGCAACAAGAGUUUUUCUGAGACAGUAGCUGAACCUCCCAGUCCACAUGAUGCCCUUGGGAAGCCGCAUGAAUCUGAAAACACUGAACAGCCUUUGCCUUCUCUAGCCCAGCGUGAGAAAAAAGCCCCUCGACCCCCAAAGAAGAAGUACCAGAAGGCAGGGCUCUACUCUGAUGUGUACAAAACAACAGAAGAACUAAUCCCAGCCAACGUGGUAAGAGUGGAGGGCGAAGACACUAGAAGCUGGAGAGAGGGAACGGAAAUGGAACACGGUUAUCAGAAAGAAAGGAAGGAGAGGGAUGGAGAGAAACAGAGUCCAAAGAGCCGCCUCAUACAAUUAAAGAAAGAAAAGCUGGAGUACACUCCUGGAGAGCAUGAGCAUGGAUUGUUUCCAGCGCCUAUUCACGUUGGAAAGUAUCUCAGACAAAAGAGAAUUGACUUCCAGCUGCCUUACGACAUCCUCUGGCAGUGGAAACACAAUCAGUUGUAUAAAAAGCCAGAUGUCCCACUUUAUAAAAAAAUCCGUUCUAAUGUCUAUGUGGAUGUCAAGCCUCUUUCUGGCUAUGAGGCCACUACCUGCAAUUGUAAGAAACCGGAUGAUGACAAUGGAAGGGGCUGUGUGGAGGACUGUCUUAACAGGAUGAUCUUUGCGGAGUGUUCACCAAACACCUGCCCUUGUGGUGAACAGUGUUGUAAUCAGCGGAUACAGAGGCAUGAGUGGGUGCAGUGCCUGGAAAGGUUCCGGGCUGAGGAGAAAGGAUGGGGUAUUCGUACCAAAGAACCCCUGAAAGCAGGACAGUUUAUCAUUGAAUAUCUGGGAGAAGUUGUUAGUGAGCAAGAAUUCAGGAACCGGAUGAUUGAACAGUACCAUAAUCACAGUGAUCAUUACUGCCUGAAUUUAGACAGUGGAAUGGUGAUAGAUAGUUAUCGUAUGGGCAAUGAGGCUCGUUUUAUCAACCACAGCUGUAAUCCUAACUGUGAGAUGCAGAAAUGGUCUGUUAAUGGUGUUUACCGGAUUGGAUUAUAUGCACUUAAAGACAUGCCUGCUGGUACUGAAUUGACUUACGACUACAAUUUUCAUUCAUUUAAUGUUGAAAAACAGCAACUCUGCAAAUGUGGUUUUGACAAAUGCAGAGGAAUAAUUGGGGGUAAAAGUCAGCGAAUGAAUGGACUUUCAAGCAAAAGCAAUCAGCCUGUGAGCACCCACAGAAGGCCUGGACGGUCGAAAGAGAAAAGGAAGUCAAAGCACAAACUAAAGAAGAGAAGAGGCCACAUCCCAGAGGAACCCAGUGAAAGUGUGAAUGCACCAACAAGGCUGACACCACAGCUUCAGAUGAAGCCCAUGUCUAACAGAGAAAGGAAUUUUGUGCUAAAACACCAUGUAUUUUUGGUACGAAACUGGGAAAAGAUUCGACAAAAACAAGAGGAAGUGAAGCAUGUCAGUGACAAUAUCCAUACCACAUCACUAUACAACCGCUGGAAUGGAAUCUGUCGGGAUGAUGGCAACAUUAAAUCUGAUGUCUUCAUGACCCAGUUUUCAGCCCUUCAGACCUCCCGCUCUGUGAGAACACGACGCUUGGCUGCAGCUGAAGAGAAUAUUGAAGUGGCUCGUGCUGCCCGCCUAGCACAAAUCUUCAAGGAAAUAUGUGAUAGCAUCAUAUCCUACAAAGGUGAAGAUUCCUCCAGGCAGGCUCUUGCAGCUCCCCUCCUGAACUUACCCCCAAAGAAAAAAAAUGCAGACUAUUAUGAAAAGAUCUCUGACCCAUUGGACCUUGCCACAAUUGAGAAACAGAUCUUGACUGGCUAUUAUAAAACUGUGGAAGCUUUUGAUGGGGACAUGCUGAAGGUCUUCCGGAAUGCAGAGAAAUAUUAUGGCAGAAAAUCUCCAACCGGGCGUGAUGUAUGCCGGCUACGGAAAGCAUAUUAUAACGCUCGCCAUGAGGCAUCUGCCCAAAUAGAUGAAAUUGUGGGAGAAACAGCAAGUGAAGCUGACAGCAGCGAGACAUCGGUCUGUGAAAAAGAAAAUGGGCAUGAGAAGGACGAGGAUGUGAUCCGUUGCAUUUGUGGCCUUUACAAAGAUGAAGGACUCAUGAUCCAGUGUGAAAAGUGCAUGGUCUGGCAGCACUGUGACUGUAUGGGUGUGAAUUCUGAUGUUGAACACUACUUGUGUGAGCAGUGUGAACCUCGAUCUGUGAAUAGGGAGGUUCCCAUGAUUCCUCGUCCCCAUUAUGCCCAGCCUGGCUGUGUUUAUUAUAUAUGCUUAUUACGGGACGAUCUGCUUCUGCGCCAAGGUGAUUGUGUUUACCUGAUGAGAGACAGCCGUAGAACUCCAGAUGGACACCCGGUCCGGCAGUCGUAUCGGCUGCUGUCCCACAUCAACAGGGAGAAACUCGAUAUUUUCCGCAUUGAAAAACUCUGGAAAAAUGAGAAAGAGGAGCGGUUUGCAUUUGGUCAUCAUUAUUUCCGUCCACAUGAAACACAUCAUUCCCCCUCUCGAAAGUUUUAUCACAAUGAGCUCUUCCGGGUGCCGUUGUAUGAAAUUAUCCCCUUAGAGGCUGUGGUGGGAACGUGCUGUGUUCUUGACCUAUACACCUACUGCAAAGGGAGGCCAAAAGGCGUGAAGGAGCAAGAUGUAUAUAUUUGCGAUUACCGCCUUGAUAAAUCAGCUCAUCUCUUCUACAAGAUCCACCGGAAUCGUUAUCCUGUCUGCACCAAGCCCUAUGCCUUUGACCACUUCCCCAAGAAACUCACGCCCAAGAGAGACUUUUCUCCUCAUUAUGUACCAGACAACUACAAGAGAAAUGGAGGCAGAUCGUCCUGGAAAACAGAUCGCUCAAAACCACAGAUUAAAGACUUAAACCAAGAAGAAGAUUCUCUUCCACUUAUUGAGGAUGUAUUAGGAAAUCAAGAUCAAACUUCAAGUGAGAUGCCUAGCCUAGAGGAGCCAGAAAAAGAGGCAGUCUCUAGUGAGACCUGUGAAACUGAUAAAAAGGUGGAAGAAAGCAAUUCCAACACAAGGCAGCUGUGCACUCCAGAGGAAAGGCGGCAUAUUCAGAGAGAGAGACUUAAUCAAAUCCUGCUAAACCUCUUAGAGAAAAUCCCAGGGAAAAAUGCUAUUGAUGUCACUUACUUGCUGGAGGAAGGAUCAGGAAGAAAACUGAGGCGGCGCACUCUGACCAUCCCGGAGAGCAGCUUCAGGAAGUGAUGCCACGAGAGGAAGCUGUGGUCUGGAGUCUGCUACAAGGUCUGCUGAGGACUGAGGGCAGGAGCCCAACUUCCUCUGCACCAGCCAAGGAAAAGAGGGCAGCAGAAAACUGACAAAUAUACAAACAGUUAGCACUUAGAAGUCUGGGUUGGCGGGUUGCCCUGCCCUGCUCUGCAGUGCUCUUAUGGUGUGUGUGUUGUUGGGCGUGCCUUGUAUUGAUGUUAGGUACUGAGAAAAAUCUCGUGGUUAUUGUCCAGGAUGGUCAAAUUUAAUUUAUUUUUGCUUGAUAUUCCCACUCAGAGGAAAAAAAAAAUAAAAACCAUAAAAACAGGGAGGUAAGAAGGAUAACGACUGACUGACUCUGAUGAGAAUAUUCCCCAUAUUCACCAAUUAACCUGUGAUUGUACAAGAUACUGUUGGCACCACCAUGGCCCAUGCCAGUGAAUGAAAUCCAGAUGGGAGGGUUAAGGCCCAGUGGCUUAAAAUUAAAGGCUGCCCUAAAGUUGUGGCCUCUGAUUUGCACAAGUUCCAAGAAGAAACGCACCCAAACGUGCGAAAGGUUCACCGUGGAAUGGCCAGUGCACACAUGUACCUUUGGUCUGUGACAAGGAGAAACUUCCAAAGUCACCUUGGAGCAAAGCAGGAGUUGGAUGGUUGAGGCACUUGUUCUGCAUCAUAGAGGGGGGAGGGGGCAGGGUGUGAUUUUUUUCACUUUUUUCUGCAGAGAAAUUUUAUAAAGCAAGUCAAAUUCUGACAACACCAUUGCUGUUGGUUUUUUUGAUAAGCUGUGGUUCUUGUGUGUCUAGUGUGUUGUGCAAAUUAAAAUCUGUUAAAAGAAAAAGGAAAAAAAAAAAGGAAACUUCACUACAUGAACCGUCAAGCAGUAUUCAGAGCGAGUAUUUGUUGUGAACUGUAGAAUAUAUCAACUGCUAACACUAUUCUUGUGUUCUGGUUGUACAGCUUAAAAUGUCUGUCUCUUAAAUUAAGAGACAGUGUAUCUAGCACCACCCUCUCUCUCUGCCCUGAUGAAAAGUAUUAUUCCUGAAAGCAACAGCCGAGGCACUGAUUUCUCACUGCAUGAAAUUGCAAUUGCCGUAAUGUACCACAAACCAGUGCUGCAGCAGGACUCCCUGUACUGCACCCAACAACUUUCCAGGUGUGCAGAGCCACGAAGCUGUCGCCUGUCUCUGGGCCAGGGCCAGGCUGUGGCAAAGGGAGGGGGUGGUCAGCAUACGCUGCCCCUUUAAAAUGGCUUUGCUUUUUUGUCUUUCAGACGUACAUAUGCAUAUACAGUCCUGUUUUAGAUGUUCUUAUAAGAAAACCAGUUUUUAAUGUGCCAAGUUGUAUAUAUCUGCUGCGUGGAUGUAAAGCAAUACAGUAGUUACAUGUUCCUUUUUAAUGGACCAAGCUUGUCCUAAUGUACAUUCUUGUUAUUAUUAUAAUUAUUUUACUCUUAGUGGAACAUGACUCAUUCCAUUAACUUUUAUGUGUUGAUUUAAAAAGAAAAAAAAAAGAAAGGAAAAAACCCUUUGAGAAAAAAUAUUUUAUUAAAAAAAAAAAAAAGAAAUAAGAAAAUAGUUUGGAAUAUUUUCUUACUGUAGAGAAGCACUGUACAGUACCAGGAACCCUGAGUAUAAAAUACUCGUGCGUGUAGUAGGAAUAUCGCAUGUCCAAAAUCUUGAGUUGUCUCAUUUAGUUUAAAACAGAAAUCAUUGUCUCAAAUGGUGUUAAACACUAAAAAGUUUUUAAAAAAUAAAGUGCGUACAGAAGCGAGACACUAGCUCUGUCAUUUUAUCUUUCUUUUGUUGAAAGACUAAACAAAAUGUUUUUUAGACAAUCAAAUGUUAGGUAAGUGCAAAGAAUUGUUUUUCUUACUGGUGUAGAAAUUAAUGACUUUUUUUAUUUUUCGGUUAUUUUAUAAUAAUGAAAAGACCAGUGUGUCACCAGGAUCGCUGUUUUAAGACCAGGAAGCACUACAUUAUUGCAAAUAGGUAUGAACUCUUAGUCUGCAUGGGUGUAGGCUGUGUGAUUGCUGAAAAUAAAUGCUGCUAAUAUAUUUCCUUUUUACAAAGCAUAUCUAAAUAGAUCAUUGUUUUGAUGUUAAUCUUUGUAAAUUAUGUAUUACCAAUUUUAACAUUGGAUGUAAUUGCAUAAAAAGCCUGCAUCUCAAUCCUGAGAGAGUCUAGUAUUAAAUGGAAAAUCUUUUCCUA